UUCACUACCGAACGAAGUAUCUAGAGAGUGGCAGAGAGAUAAUAAACCCUAGCCGCUUCUUCGAAUUUCCCCUUCUCUCUCUAAAACCCCCCUUCUCUCUCUUAACAGCUUACUGUAAAAAUGGCACUAUACAACAAAUUUGGGAGCAUUUUGAAGCAGAGCAUUUCUAGCAAUGGACUAAAUGGGCAGUCUUCGAUGUUUAACGCAAUCCGUUGCAUGUCGUCGAAGCUGUUUGUCGGAGGGCUAUCUUACGGUACCGAUGACCAUUCUCUGAGAGAGGCGUUUGCUAGCUUUGGUGAUGUUGUUGAUGCGAGAGUUAUUACUGACAGAGACUCGGGUAGGUCUAGAGGAUUCGGGUUUGUGAAUUUCUCGAGCGACGAAUCUGCCAGCUCAGCACUGUCAGCCAUGGAUGGGCAGCAAUUGGGAGGGAGGAACAUCCGAGUAAGCUUUGCUCAAGAGAGAGCACCUCGUAGUAACUUUGGUGGUCCAGGUGGAUAUAACAAUGGCGGAGGAAAUGACGGCGGCUAUUAAGAGAGAGAAACUAAUAAGAGAGAGAGAGAGAGAGAAACACUCCGCUGUGUUAUAUUGCUGCAUAGGCAUAUAUGGCAAGUUUAGAUUUCCAAGUUGCACUUUUCUUCUAUCUUUCAUUGUGCUGCCUUUUUCUUUUCCUUUUGUUUUUAAUUCCGUAAUGAAACGUCUGGUAUAAAUAUGUGGAAUUUAGAGGUAUGGUUUGUUUAUUUGAUGCAUUAUUGUCAUCGAAGCCAGGCGAAUUGACUUCCUUCUUAGUUAUGGAAUCUGAUUUUUCUUUUGUU